AUGCCUCUACGACAAUUGUGUCCCGAAUUAGCCGAAAAGGCUAAAUUGGAAUUAAAUGAAGAUCCAAAAACUAUUGAGACCGACAUACAACAUAUAAAGGAUUGGUUGGCUAAACAACCACACUUGAAAGUUAGAACAGAUGAUCAAUGGUUGCUUGCUUUUAUAAGAGGAUGUAAGCACAGCCUCGAAAGAACUAAAGAGAAGUUGGAUCUGUUUUAUACAUUACGAACAGUUGCACCAGAAAUUUAUAAAGUAAAGCAUAAUGAUCCUCUAUUCAAUACAAUUAUGGAUUUCGGGAGUUACUUGAUAUUGCCAAAGUUGGAAAAACCAGAUUCACCUCGGAUUGCUCUUAUUCGGCCUGCAAUGUACGAUCCAAAUAAAUAUUCUUUUUUCGACAUAUUCUCUUCUGGUGCUAUAUUUCAAAAUAUUCUGAUGUACGAAGAUGAUGCCAUUGUUAUAUCCGGGCUUACAACCCUUAUAGACUUAGAGGGUGUAACAAUGGGACAUUUGUUGCAAAUCACACCGAGUGUUAUGAAGAAGAUGGUCGUUUACACUCAGGAUGCUCUACCAAUCCGUAUGAAAGGCAUUCACUAUAUUAACACUCCCCCAGGCUUCGAAACGAUAUUCAACGCAAUUAAGUUAUUGCUUAAUGAGAAGAAUAGGAACAGGUUGUAUGUACACAACAAAAAUUAUAACGAAUUGUACAAACACAUAUCACAGGAGGUUUUACCAGCGGAAUACGGAGGAAAAGGUGGCAGCAUACAGGAAAUUAAGGGAUAUUGGAAGAGUAAAAUAGAAGAAUGCAGUUUAUAUUUGGAAGAAGAUCUUACGAAUGGAACGGAUGAAUCAAAACGUCCCGGGAAACCAAACACAUCUGAAAGCUUAUUCGGUCUGGAAGGAUCUUUCCAGUUAGCCAAAAAGGCGAAGGAGGAGUUAAAUGAAGAUCCGAAAAAUAUUCAACGCGACCUACAACAUAUUAAGGAUUGGUUAUCCAAGCAACCUCAUUUAAAGGCUAGACUAGAUGAUCAAUGGCUCGUCGCUUUUUUGAGAGGAUGCAAGUACAGUCUAGAGCGCACGAAAGAAAAAUUGGACCUUUAUUAUUCUAUGAGGUCGUUGGCGCCAGAACUAUUUAGAGUAAAGGCGACUGAUUCUGCUUUUGAUGAAUUAAUCAGUUUGGGAACUUAUCUGAUACUGCCGAAAACCGCUACUCCUGAUUCACCGAGGAUUAUCAUCAUUCGAGCUGGUAGUUAUGAUCCUGCUAAAUACAACUUUAUCGAUAUAUUCUCUGCUACUUCACACAUACAGAAGAUUCUUAUUUCCGAAGAUGACGCAACUAUUGUAUCUGGUUUUAAAACAAUUAUGGACAUGGAAGGCAUCACUCUCGCACACUUAAUGCAAAUCACGCCCAGCAUUAUGAAGAAGAUGGCUGUUCUUUCACAGCUUUACGUCCAUAAUAACAAUUUCGAAGAAUUAUACAAACAUAUUCCUAAGGAAAUAUUACCAAAUGAAUACGGUGGAAAUGGUGGUAGUAUUAAGGAGAUUACAGAAUAUUGGAAGGCCAAGGUUCAAGAGUAUAGCUCGUGGUUGGAAGAUGAUUUAAAAUACGGAUCGGAUGAAUCAAAGCGCGUGGGAAAACCAAGGACGGCUGAGACAUUAUUUGGAGUCGAGGGUUCAUUCAGACAACUGGAGUUUGAUUAA